AUGGCUCAAAUUGGUCUACAAGACGGAAACGGAUUGCUAGAGUCUCCAUUUGUCAGUACUUCGACAAUCAGCACGUUGAAUUCGAUUCAAUUCGAAGUCGACAUCGAGUUGGCUUCUCCAGAACCGGCUCCGGAAACUACUACGCCUGUCGAAGCAGAAGAUGGCAAAGAAGAAAAGCAAGUCGAGGAGCCAAAACGGAAAAUUUUGGACUACGUGCAAUCCGUCGGACAAACGUUGAUUCGAAAAUUGCGAUCGCGAGCUGAAAAUUGA